AACAAAAUCCAAUAGAACUAAAACAGGCCACCGAGUACCCGCCACUCAAAACAGAAUCAGUUUAACCACCAAAAAAGGGAAAAAAAUGAAAGGCCAAGCCAUGGCCAUGAAACUACUAUCCCCUCCAUCUUCUCUAUCAAGCCCCAGAUUUGCUAAAUCUCUUUUCUUUUUUACUUCCAAUCCAAAAGGGUCAAAACCCAUCUCAAGUUUAGUCCAACUUUUCCAACGGAGGUCAAAAAAUUUAGUCUUUAAUAAAAAAAUGGAAGUGAAGGCAUGCGUGAAGGUGGAGCAAAAGAGUGAAACUGAAGUAACAGGAAAUGAGUGGGGUAAGGUAUCUGCUGUGCUUUUUGAUAUGGAUGGAGUGUUGUGCAAUAGUGAAGAGCCUUCAAGAAUGGCAGGUGUUGAUGUUUUUGCUGAGAUGGGAGUUGAAGUUACAGUGGACGAUUUUGUGCCAUUCAUGGGCACAGGUGAAGCAAACUUCUUAGGAGGUGUUGCUAAUGUAAAGGGAGUCAAGGGAUUCGAUACCGAAAUGGCGAAGAAAAGGUUCUUUGAGAUAUAUCUAGAUAAGUAUGCAAAACCGAAUUCCGGAAUAGGAUUCCUAGGUGCCCUUGAACUCAUUACUCAGUGUAAAAACAAAGGCCUGAAAGUUGCUGUUGCAUCUAGUGCUGAUCGUAUCAAAGUUGAUGCUAAUUUAGCAGCUGCUGGCCUACCAGUAUCGAUGUUUGAUGCUAUUGUAUCAGCAGAUGCUUUUGAGAAUUUGAAACCAGCUCCUGACAUUUUCUUGGCUGCAUCAAAAAUCUUGGGUGUGCCCACUAGUGAGUGUAUUGUCAUUGAAGAUGCACUAGCUGGAGUACAGGCUGCAAAAGCUGCACAGAUGAGAUGCAUUGCUGUCACCACUACAUUGUCGGAAGAAAUUCUAAAUGAUGCCAGCCCAUCUCUUAUCAGAAAGGAGAUUGGGAAUAUUUCGCUUGAUGAUAUUCUCGAUGGUGGAUCUGGUGGCUAUAAUGAGAAGAUGCAGGGACCUCAGGUUCUGCACACUUCUGCACAAACUUCAGUAGCAAUGCUCGAAGAAAGAACAGAAAAUGGGUCAAUCCUUAACCAAGUUGCUACCAAUGACAAUGUUUCCUCAAUUAAGGGGUUGCAGGGUUCUCGGCGUGAUAUAGUGAGAUAUGGCAGUUUGGGUAUUGCUCUUUCUUGUCUGUACUUCACCAUCACAAAUUGGAAGGCAAUGCAAUAUGCUUCACCUAAAGGUAUAUGGAACAAGUUGUUUGGAGUUGAUACCCCAUCCUUUGAACAGAAUGAAAGUAUAGGCAACUUAAAAUCUUCAAGAGUCAAACAGUUUGUAAAGUAUAUAUCUGAUCUAGAAACCAAGGGAAAUGCCACCAUUGUGCCAGAAUUUCCAGGAAAACUUGAUUGGCUGAAUACAUCUCCACUUCAGUUUCAAAGGGAUCUGAAAGGAAAAGUGGUUCUGCUGGAUUUUUGGACAUAUUGUUGUAUAAAUUGUAUGCAUGUCUUACCAGAUCUAGAGUAUCUGGAGAAGAAAUACAAAGAUGCACCGUUCACUGUUGUGGGGGUACAUUCAGCUAAGUUCGACAAUGAGAAAGAUUUAGAAGCCAUCCGUAAUGCAGUCUUACGCUACAACAUCUCUCACCCAGUUGUCAAUGAUGGAGAUAUGUUUUUGUGGCGUGAGCUAGGUGUCAGUUCCUGGCCUACAUUUGCCAUUGUUGGACCCAAUGGUAAGCUUAUUGCACAAUUAUCAGGAGAAGGCCGCCGAAAGGAUCUUGAUGAUUUAAUAGAGGCAGUGCUUUUGUAUUAUGGUGAAAGGAAGAUCCUGAACAGCAGACCAAUUCCUUUGAGUUUAGAGAAAAACAAUGAUCCUCGCUUACUUAGCUCUCCUUUGAAGUUUCCUGGAAAGUUGGCUAUUGAUGUGCUAAACAACCGACUGUUCAUUUCCGAUAGCAACCACAACCGCAUAGUGGUCACUGAUCUAGAUGGAAAUUUUAUUGCCCAAAUUGGCAGCAGUGGAGAGGAAGGACUGCGAGAUGGUUCUUUUGAUGAUGCCACCUUUAAUCGCCCUCAGGGUCUGGCUUAUAAUUCAAAGAAAAAUAUCCUUUAUGUUGCAGAUACUGAAAACCAUGCUUUGAGGGAGGUUGAUUUUGUCAGUGAGAAAGUGCGAACUCUUGCUGGAAAUGGAACAAAAGGUUCUGAUUACCAAGGAGGUGGAAAAGGAACAGAUCAGGUUCUCAACUCCCCAUGGGAUGUCUCCUUUGAGCCGGUUAAUGAGAAAGUUUACAUUGCGAUGGCUGGUCAACAUCAGAUAUGGGAGCAUGACAUAUCGAAUGGAGUUACUAGAGCCUUCAGUGGUGAUGGUUAUGAAAGAAACUUGAAUGGAUCAAGCCCUACGAGCACAUCAUUUGCUCAACCUUCUGGAGUUUCAUUAUCUCCUGAUUUCGAGCUAUAUGUUGCUGAUAGUGAAAGUAGCUCCAUUCGAGUGCUUAGUCUAAGAACCAAAGGAACAAGGUUGCUAGCUGGUGGUGAUCCAAUUUUCCCUGACAACUUGUUUAAGUUUGGAGACCAUGAUGGUAUAGGUUCCGAGGUACUUCUUCAACAUCCAUUGGGUGUAUUACACGCCAAGGAUGGUCUAAUAUACAUUGCAGAUAGCUAUAAUCACAAGAUCAAGAAGUUAGACCUAGCUACUAAAAGGGUCACUACAAUAGCAGGAACGGGAAAAGCUGGUUUCAAGGAUGGAAAAGCCCUAACUGCCCAGCUCUCAGAGCCGGCGGGACUCAUUGAAGCUGAAAAUGGAAGGCUUAUCAUAGCUGAUACGAACAACAGUGUUAUCAGGUAUCUAGACCUGAACAAGGGAGAAGCUGAACUUCUAACUUUGGAGCUGAAAGGAGUUCAGCCUCCAGCAUCAAAAUCCAAAUCCUUGAAACGUCUCAGGAAGCGAUCAUCAGCUGACACAGAGACAAUCAAAGUUGAUGGUUGUUCAUCCAGCGAGGGCAACAUGCGUAUCAAAAUAUCAGUACCUGAAGAGUAUCAUUUCUCAAAGGAAGCACGCAGUAAAUUCAGUGUUGAAACUGAGCCUGAAAACACAGUGCUGAUUGAUCCCUCCGAAGGCUAUCUAAGUUCUGGAGGAACGGCAAGCAUUCACUUUAAGAGAUCUGAUGCCUCACCUUCAAUGGGGAGAAUAAAUUGCAAGGUUUACUAUUGCAAGGAAGAUGAGGUCUGCUUAUACCAAUCACUUCUCUUUGAGGUACCCUUCCAAGAAGAAACUCCAGACUCGACCCCAUCAGAAAUCACACUUGCAUAUUUUGUGAAGCCCAAAUCUUCACCAAGCAAUUUGCAGCUACCAAUUACCGGGUGAUGGCAUUCCCAUGUAAAUGCAUUGUAAGCUUUUCUUUUUCAAUUUUAUGCUAUAUUCACCAUUGAACAUUGGAGUUGAUUGGAUGAAGCAGUUUAUCUCAGUAAAUCAAAGAAAAUGAUACUUUUACUGGA